AUGGCAUCAGCUGCUGAGAAGAAACGUUGUGCCCAAUGCGGUAAAGCCGGAGAGAUUGUCGUAUCCACAUGUGAUGGAUGCCAACAGUUAUCCUGUGAUAAGCACAUUAACGAACACCGGCAUGAGCUCGCCAGACAAAUUGAUAACGUCGGCCAAGAACAUGAUCUUCUUCAAAAUUUAAAUGGAGAAAAUGAUGCGCAUCUUAUUCUAUCUCGUAUUGAUGCGUGGGAGCAAGAAUCGAUCACGAGAGUUCAAGUAGCCGCAGAAGCAGCUCGAACAGAUCUGCGAGAAUUGAUUAGUCGCACGAAGAACGAACGAAAGGCUUUAUUAGGCAAGCUAGCCGAUGAACUCCAAUCAAAUCGAAAAUCGGACGAUUAUACAGAAAAUGACAUUAAUAGAUGGAUUCAACAAUUGAAAGGACUUCGAGAGAUAAUGGAAAAGCCGUCGAAUGUUGAGAUUGUGGAAGAGAGCAAUGGAGCAUCUAUUCACUUAAUCAAAGUGAGAGAGAAUUGUAGCCAACAACAGCCACACGCUUUUCUUUCUGAAAGGUUUGACAAAGCAGUCGGAGCAGUCGCACUGUCACAAGACGGACUCAUGGCUUGGCAUGUGGAUUACAUUGGGAGUAACGGAAGCACUAGUGGUGUCAAUCUGUACUCGUCUGGAACACAUCACAUUCGCUUUCGACUCGAAGGAGACUGGGGUCAUUGGUUUUUUUCGGGCAUUAUUCCCUCGUCGCAAGAGAUGGUCGCAGACGCCUCCAGAUCACGAUCAGUUUAUGGCUGGUGGGACUUCGAAAAUACUGUUAUCAACGGUAAGCAACAAUCGGUUGGAAAAGCCGAAUUCAUUGAAAAAGACGACGAAAUGACCUUGACAUUGAAUUGUGGCAAAAAACAGAUUGAGCUCGAACACCAUCGAACCAACUCGCUUACUCAUCUGCCUGUCGAUUUGCGAGUGUGUCCUUUUCCAUGGAAAUUACUCGUCGGAUUCGACUGGCGAGGUGGUUGUGUACACAUUCUACGCUAA